AUGUUCGGUUUUGAGAAAACAAGCAGGAAAAGUAAGCGACAAGAUACAAUGGCCUGCGUGCUAGAUUCAGGGAUGGAUCAACCAACAUUCGAUCUGAUUGUCCAGCUACAGCUCCAAGAGACGGACCUUUAUUUCGAGUCUUCCAAAGGGAAAGCACGCGACCCUACAGAUGAGGAGUUGGCCUUCCACUUGCAAAACGAGGAAUGGGGAAAUAUCUCACAGUAUCUGCAGGAUAGGCGAAUGGCCAUGAGUUUCGCGACUGCUGUGCAAGCUGACGGACAUGUUCUGGCCGAGACCCAAGUCGAAGAAGAGAUUGCCUCAAAAGACCGGAUUCUUGCUCGCCAAUUGACGGAAGAUGGAAGCAAUGUGCUUCCAAGUGAGCUUAUGUCGGAGUCAGCGGUCCUGGAUGAGGAGACCUUAGCUAAACUUCAAAUCUUAUAUGUCAAUAAUAUGGAAGACUACAACUUAACAGGAGACUUGGACACAGGAAAGAGUGAAGAAAAUGAUUGUGCUGAAUCGUCUGCCCAGGCAAUCCGACGAGCUGGUCACUCUUUACCACGAGCCCGACGAUGUGUGGCUUGCAGGGAACUAACCGAUUUCGUGAACGUGAUUCGCGCUCCCUGUCGGCACGAGUAUUGUCGAUCCUGUUUGGCAGAUCUCUUCAAGUCUUCAAUGACAGACGAGUCUCUCUUCCCUCCGCGAUGUUGUCGACAACCCAUAAGUUUGACCACUGCUCGCAUAUUCUUGGAGUUUGAUUUAGUGGAGCAGUAUCAGAGAAAGAAGGUUGAAUACGAAACCCCGAACAGAACGUACUGCUACUCUCCCGAGUGUGGUUCAUUCAUUGAUAUGUAUCAUAUCAGUGGAGAAGUAGCUACAUGCCCUGACUGCGGGCACACGACUUGUACAAAUUGCAAAGGACGAGCACACACUGGUGACUGUCCCGAUGACACCUCCCUGCAACAGCUACUAGCAACCGCACAGGAAAAUGGGUGGCAACGUUGCUUUUCAUGCUGGCGAGUGGUGGAAUUAAAUUAUGGUUGCAACCAUAUGAUCUGUCGCUGCGGUGCCGAAUUCUGUUACAAUUGCGGUCUACAGUGGAAGAAUUGCCAGUGUGAACAAUGGAAUGAGCAUCGUCUCCUUGCCCGUGCAUAUCAAAUAAUCGAUCGAGAAGCGGAUCAGCCGGCAGCUGCGGCCCUCCCACAAGAUGCCGACGAAGCCCUUGUGGAGGGUCAGCUCGUACCGGAGGCUCAUGAGCCUCAAUUUCAAACUCAGCAGGUGCACUCUGAGGAUACAAUUGUGGCAGGUGAGGAGCCAAUUGCAGCUCUUCCUUCUCCUACUACUCGCACAGCACGAGAUGUUUUGGUUGCAAGAACUAUGCAAGAGCUCAGAGACAAUCAUGAGUGUGGGCACAGCAAAUGGAAAUACUUACGUGGGCCGCAUCGAUGUGAAGAGUGCUUUCAUCAUUUACGCGAAUAUAUAUUCGAGUGUCGUCAAUGCCGGAUUCAAGCAUGCAAUCGAUGCAGAAGGAACAGACUGUAA